AUGGCAUUGAUAGAACGAAUGAGCAUUCUUGGAAUUCGAAGUUUUGGACAGGAAACAUCCCAAAAAAUUGAAUUUUUUAGACCUGUCACUUUGAUUCUUGGUCAGAAUGGAACGGGAAAAACGACUGUCAUCGAGUGUUUGAAAUAUUCAGCAACUGGAGAACUACCUCCUGGAUCGAAAACUGGGUGUUCAUUUAUCCAUGAUCCUAGAAUAGCACAAGAAAGUGAAGUGAAAGCCAAAGUCACUCUUCAAAUUCGUGAUGUUAAAGGUUGUCCUAUGGUUGUUUCACGAGCACUUAUGGCAACGCAGCGUGAUAAAACAAAGCAAGGGACUUUAAAAACUCUGGAUGGAUCAAUAAAACGUCAGUACUCAGACGGACGUGUUACAAGUGUCAGCCUACGAUGUACUGACCUAGAUCAGGAAAUGGUUACAAGUUUGGGUGUAUCAAAAGCUGUCUUGGAAAAUGUUAUCUUUUGUCACCAAGAAGAUUCUAAUUGGCCUUUACAAGAAGCGAAAUCGGUAAAACAACGUUUCGACGAUUUGUUUGCUUCAUCACGUUAUGUGAAAGCACUGGAUGCCAUUCGGAAGUGUAAACAAGACAAUGAUGGUAAUGUUAAAUUAUAUAAAACUGAGUUGAAACAUUUAACCAAAAAUCGUGAUGAAGCUUUGAAACUUCGUUCUGAACGAGAAGAAACACUUCAUUCAAUUGAAAAACAGGAAAAAAAUCUAGAAGAAAUGUCUGCAAAGCUCCAACCUGUUGUUGAACAACUCAACCGUUAUAAAGAACGCUAUGCAGAACUAACAAAACUACAAGCUGAAAUCAAGUCUUGUGAAGCUGAACGUGCUCAUUUAACAGACACAAUAAAGAAUUUAAUGUUAAACAUACAGAACGAGUAUCAAGGAAGUGAUGAAGAAUUAAAGCGUUUGAUUGAAGAUGCUGAGACAGAAUACGAAAAGAAAAUUUUUCUGUUGAAUCAAUCUGAAAAUAUAUUACAAAGAAAACAUAAAGAGUUAAAUACUUUGGAAACGAACCAAACAAAAACUAUUGUUGAGAAAACACAAAUUGAAAUGGAGGUUAAGCGUUUGAAUGAAGCAAUAAUCAAUCGUGAUAUGAUCUUAGCCUCGAUCGUUACAAAUUACAUUCCCGGUGAUAAGUAUGCAGACGUGAAGCAAUUCACCGAUGAGGAUGUGGAGUAUAUUGUGCAGUUUGUUGAUGGAUUACUACAUGAAUAUGAAAAUCAAUUAACAGAAGUGAAGCUGCUAUCGGCUAAUGAAGAGAGGAAAGCUCAAACUGAUGUUGAUGUUGUUCGAGAUGAAUUGGCUGCUCUAAAACAAAAAAUACAAACUAUAAAACAACCACGAUCAUGUGAAAUGAUUAGUGUUGAAAAACGCUUAGAAAAUGAACAUUCAUUAAAUGAACGUAUUGAAAAAGUCAGAGAUCAAUUUCAUAAAUCUGAAAUCAUCAUUCAAGAUUUAAAUACGGAUCAUGAAUUGAACAACUUACAUCAAUCCAUAACAGAAUCGUUGGGAAAGAAAAAGGAACUGGAGCAUACAAUCAGUUUACUAGAUGAAAAAAUUGCGACAUUUCAAAAAAGUGCCAGUAAGUAUCGUGAGUUAGAACUCAUGCAGAAAGAACGAGCGAAUAAACUUGAAGGGAUUCGUAAAAUACGAAGUCGUCAUGCUGAAGCAUUGGAACAAGUUUUCGCUGGCUCUGUGAUUCCUUUUGUAGCUACAGAAAAGUCACUUGAAGAACAAGCGAAUCCUAAUAAUAUUCGAUCGUUUAUUAAUGAUCAAACACGUUUAAAGGUUGUAUUCUCUAAACGACUUGAUGAAUUGGAACAGUCAACUAGAGAGACAAGAAAACAGUUGGCUAAAAUUGAGCAAGAGCGCUCAUCGCUUGAAGCUACUUCUAAAUUUACCAGAAAUCAUCUACAAGAAAAACGAGAUCAACUGAAAAUAUUAGAAGGAAAGCUUUUAUCUGUACCUGGAGCAGAUGAUUUGGAACAAACUCUUAUUAAUCUUCAGGACAGACGUGGCUCUUUAGAGGAAGAAUAUGCAAACGAACAAGGAAGUGUAUUUUUAUGGUGUAAAUUUCGUGAUCGAUUGUCUCGUGUAGAUUCUGAUUGUCCAGUAUGUCAUCGAUGCUUUGACAGUGAUGCAGAACGUGAUGAAUUAUUAAAUGAAAUUGAUAACCGAAUAAAAACGUUACCUUCUGAAUUUGAACGUAAAAAACAAGAAUUGAAAGAAAUCGUUUCACGUCUUGAAUCAUUGGUUGAAUUACGUCCUAUAAGUUUAGAGAUCAAAAAUCUACAUGAGGAAGUAAUCCCUGCUCUAGAGUUGAAAAUUAAAGCUGAAUUAGAUAAACUUACUGAUGUACGCAGUCAACGAGAUAAGACAAGUGCUCUACUUGAAACAUAUCAAGCAGAUGAAUCUUUAGCAAAAACAGUACAAGGUGAUUUGGCAAUAUUAGAACGCUUAGAAAAUGAAUCUUAUGAAUUAACAGUUAAAAUUAAUCAAUUCAAAUAUGAAUUUACAGAUAUAACAACAGAUUCUCAAUUAAUUGAUGUGUUGCAAGAGGAAAGAAAGUCGUUACGUGAGUCAUUACUAACAAUUUCUGAAACUAUUGAGCAGAAACAAAAGCGUGUUGAUCAGUUGAAUCAGGCUCAACGUGAAGCUGUCAGUGAAAUGCAUAGACUUAAAGAUCAAAUGCAUAAGUUGCAGCAAGAGAAUUUAGAUAAUGUUCAACUGAAGAAUGAUCUUUCUCGUCUAACUCGUGACUGUGAAAUUUUGAAAAAAGAACUAUCUGAAUUAGAAUCUGAGCAACUUCCAGCUGUUCAUCGUCGAUGGACUGAAGCAUGCGAUGAACGCAGUCGUAUUACUAAGAUCCGUGAAGAAAAUAUUGAAAAAGCUACUACAAAGGUUAAUGAAAUUGGUGAAAAACUGAAGAAGCUGACUGACGCAUGUACUUCGGUCAAAUUUGCAUUCGAUUCUCAACCCUUAGAACGAUUGAAGGUGAUUCUUGAAACUGUAGAAGAACUUCAAAAGAACUUAUCUCUUGUCAAAUCUGAGGCUGACACCUGUAGUCAAAAUAUCGAACUCUUAAAAAAACAAAUCAACGAGCAUAAAAUGCGUCAGCGAGAAUUGGCGGAUUGUGUCCAAGUUCGUCAAUUACGUUGUCAACUUAGCUUUCUCACAGAACGAACAGAAUCCCUUGCCAAAAAUCAAAUGAUUUGUGAUAAUAUCCCUUUAUCAGAUCAGGAUUUAAUUAACGAAACUAAACGUUUAUCAUUAGAAGAGGAAAAACUUCAUUCACUUAAACAAGACAUAUCCAAUCAACUAAGUGAAUUAAACGCAAAACUCUGUUAUCUUAAUCGUGAUUUGAAUGAAAAAUAUACCAACGCUGACAGUGAAUAUCGUGAUAUGAUGUAUCAGCUUAAAACUUCAGAAUUAGCUUGUUCGGAUUUGGAACGAUAUUAUAAAGCUUUAGAUAGAGCGAUAAUGUCUUAUCAUGCUGUUAAAAUGGCUGAUCUAAAUAAAAUUAUCCGAGAAUUAUGGCGCAGUACAUACCGUGGCAAUGACAUCGAUUACAUUGAGAUAUGUAGCGAAGAAGAUACAGCUGCUGCUUUGAAUGUUUGCAGAACGCGAAGAACUUAUAAUUACCGUGUGGUUAUGGUGAAGACAACAACAGGAAGCAUGUCAGUUUCUCGGCCGAAGUCAAAAAACAAUACUUCAUGCAAUAACGAAGCCCGUUUAGAUAUGCGUGGACGAUGUUCAGCUGGGCAAAAAGUUCUAGCCAGUUUAAUCAUUCGUUUAGCACUGGCUGAAGUAUUUUGCCUACAUUGUGGAGUACUUGCUCUUGAUGAACCAACGACAAACCUCGACCGAGAAAAUAUUGAAAGUUUAGCUUAUGCUCUGGUAGAAAUUAUAAAAAACAGGAGCCGUCAGAAAAACUUUCAGUUAAUCGUUAUCACACAUGAUGAAGAUUUCGUCGAAUUACUUGGUAGAUCAGACUACGUGGAAAACUUUUUCCUAUUAUCACGUGAUGCACAAGGUUUAUCAGAAAUUAGAAAAGUCCCUAUUGGAGAACAUUUUCAUUAA